AUGUCUCCACGGCCUUCCAGCGGCUCAAACGGGGCGGCUCAGUUCAUGUUCGUGACGGAAGAAACACAAUCGGAAGCGCGGAGCCAAGCUAUGAGAGAACACUGGAAAAGGCGACAUCGCCGUAACCAGGAGUCAAAGGCAUCUCAUGGGAAGAGACCAUCCCGAAGUCUACUUCCACGCCUGAAAGAAGGGCAUGGCGAAGCGUCUUCGACAUCAGGGACCAGUAGUCCUUCAAGCUUCCAGCGAACUGGAGGUACGACGGGUUCAGACAACAACCAACAAAGUCGAGAAAAUCAACAAGGCAUUCCGGCUCAGUUACUGUGUGGCAUGAACUUUGCACUGGCAAAUUCCAAGACCGACCCGUUUCAGACAUGCCCCGUUCAUUUGACAACUCAGCACCAGAAGCUUCUGCACCACUGGAUUCUUACUCAUGCUACCAUGAUGUUUGAAGAUCUGGGCGUCACGGGAUUUAAUCCAAUGAGGGAUGUUUGGUUCCCGCUGGACCUCUCGAACGCUUCAUCAUUCAAUUGCAUCAUGGCGCAUUCAGCUGCCCAUAUCUCUCACCUUUACGCUGGUACACCCCCACAACGAGGUACAAAGUCUACCGAUGCUUUGAAGUAUAAAGCUGAGGCUGUCAAGAUCUUGCGCAUAUGGCUUGAUGAUUCUGAAAAGGCGCUAAGUGAUGACGCUUUUGCUGCUGUUGUUCGCUUACUCACAUUUGAACGAUACUGGGGUAUAGUGGAGAAUUGGCAAAUACACCGUCUUGGAUUGCAAGGGAUGAUUGAUGCCAAGGGUGGAGUCCAAGCGCUCCAUGGAAAUUGGCGCUUGGAGCUCGUAGUCUACCUGUAA